AUGGGCUAUCCGGAACAUGCUUUGGAUAAGGAAGGAUCUAGAGGUGGAGCAAAUGGUGAUAGAAUCGUCGGAUUUGACUGCGGCGGCUGUCGUGCGGCUGCCUGGGCGACAGGUUUUGGUUGUGUCAGUUUAUUGGUCGCGGAGGCCAGACGGAACGCGGGGCAGGGUGAUAGUUGGGACUUCAACCGUCACGACCAAUUGUGGGGCGGAGACGACAUAUCUUGGAUGAGGCAAGGUGAAGGCGACGACAUUAUUGAUCUCAUGAACGAACUGGCUCUCGGGAGUCUUCUUCCUAGGGGCACGAAGACCUGGCAAGGACAAGAAUUUGAGUCGACCAUUGAGCUAGUCCUGGCUUCGGAAGAGCUCGCGACAAGUAUGAUUAAAUGUGCAAUCCGUGAAACAGACCAUGGGUCAGACCACCAAGCGAUAGAAACGGUUUUUGAGGUGGAAACCCCUGACCAGCAGCAGCCGGAGCGCCUUCUUUUUAAGAACGCACCCUGGAAGCAAAUCAAUACGAGGAUUGCGGAGAACUUGGAGAAGCUACCAACCCAGGGGACGGUACAGCAAAACACGAACAGGCUCAUGUCCGUGGUUUGCGAAGCCGUGCGAUCUUUGACACCAAGGGCCAAACCCUCGCCGCACGCGAAGCGAUGGUGGAUGACCGAUCUGACGCAACUCCGUCGAAUUCACACGUAUUGGCGAAACCAGGCUAGGAAUCAGAGCCGUGCAGGGGCCUGUACAACGGAACUGGAAAACACGGCCAGGGCCGCGGCCAAACAGUACCACGACGCUAUUCGACAGCAGAAGAAAUCCCAUUGGAACGAGUUCCUUGCCGACAACGACAACAUUUGGCAAGCAGCAAAGUACCUCAAAUCUGGCAAAGUUGCGGCUUUCGACAGAGUGCCACAGCUCGUCAGGGCCGAUGGAUCGCGCACGCUCGACGGUAAAGAACAGGCGGAGGAACUACUAAAUACCUUCUUUCCGCCCCUCCCGGAACAGAUCGAGGAUGAAGGGGUCCGGCCGCAGAGGGCAGCCGUAUCGAUGCCAGACCUCACGAUGGAGGAAAUAGAACGUCAACUCAAAACGGCUAAGCCGUGGAAAGCGCCAGGCGAAGACGGUCUGCCUGUGGCGGCAUCCAUCAAUGAUGGCGUCUUGCCCGAUCAAUGGAGGCACGCCAGGAUUAUCCCUCUAAAGAAACCCGGAAAGGAAAACUACACAAUCGCGAAAAGCUUGGAGGCCCAUCUCGUUACUGGCCACCCUAGGCAAGAUCCUGGAAUUGGUAAUAGCAGAGAGGAUCUCUCACGCAGUGGAAACAUACGGAUUGCUACCCACCAACCACUUCGGAGCCCGCAAACAACGAUCUGCCGAACAGGCCUUGAUGGUGCUUCAAGAAUACAUUUACAUCGCAUGGAGAAGACGCCAUGUCCGACUAUGCAAGCUAACGGUCAGACCUCUGAGGCGCGGGACUUGCCACAGGCUGGUCUACCACAAGGGUCGCCGUUAUCCCCGGUCCUCUACCUAUUUUUCAACGCGGAUCUGGUCCAACGGCGCAUCGACGCGAACGGAGGAGCGAUAGCAUUUGUUGAUGAUUUCACAGCCUGGGUGGCAAGCCCGACAGUACAACUCAACCGGGCCAAACUGCAAGACGUUAUAGACAACGCCUUGGAUUGGGAGCGCAGAAGAGGAGCACCGUUCGAGGCAGAAAAAACGGCAAUCAUUCAUUUUACGAAGAAUAAAAACAAAGUCUGCGAUGACCCCUUCACAAUCAAAGGCCAAGAUGUCCAUCCCAAGGACCACGUCAAGAUUCUGGGCCUGGUUAUGGAUUCCCGGCUCAAGUAUAAGCAACACAUCGCAAGAGCAGUCUAG